GGUACCUGUUUGGCGUAGUGUAAUAAUUAUUGCGUAGCGUUAAAAUAUUUUCCAUACGUCGUCGCCGGAAGUGUCUGCGAGCGUUCGCCGACUCGGCUGCCGAGAGAUGAACACGCGGACGUCCUGCAACGCCGCCGCCGUUUCGGCCGGACAUUGGGACUACACGUGCGCCGCGCCCGCUGAACACGUUGCACCGGUACUGCAUUCGUGGAUGCUGCAGGUACGUGCGAAAAUCGCCUAAGUCCCGCGGACGUCGCUUCGAGUCAUUUCCGCGUCACCGCCGACACAUCUCAACCCGAAGAGAAAUAUUUCGGCCUGUCAGUUGCGCCAUCGUUGUCUUUCACUGUUCGACCGAGUGUCUCCCGUGCGAUGGCCGUACACGCGAGUGACCGAUCCGCAACGGAAUCGUCGUAACCAGCAGAUUAUUACGAUACCGAUUCACCGCCGUAUAACAGCGGACUGCGUGGCGUUAGUCUUUCGACCGUCGGACGCGUGAGCACAACCGAGACGGGACGACUGCACGACAGCCAUUGCCCCAGACCUCAAACCAGUGACCGACGCGGGGCGACUGUCAUGACGUCCGACCAUCGUCGCAGACACCUCCGACAGCACUACCUCCACCAUCACCACCACCACCACCACCACCAUCAAAACCACCAUCAACACCAUCGCCGCCGCCAUCAAUCUCACUGCGGUCACUUCGAAUGGCAUCAGGACCACGGCGUCCGGUGUCGCGGGCCAGCGCUGGUUACCAUCCUGGCGCUGUGGGCCGCGGUGGUCUGCGUUACGGUGCCCGCGGCCUCGCCGUCGCCGGCCACCGGUGACAUGAGCCUGUUGACCAUGCAGCGGAUCAAGUCUUACGUGGACGAUACGUGCACGAUGGACCCGCACUGUCAGUGGACGUGGGACCCGCUGCCAAACGGGUUGCGGAACGUGUCCGCGGAAGAGGCGGCAGCUGAAGUACCGGAAGACUACCUGUAUCCGCCUGGCGAAGAUCCCGACAAGCCGGGACUACGAGGGAAUUUCUUGUUUAUUUACGGUCAUAAGAACACACCACAUAUCUACAUACGCAGUCCGUACUACACCACUGGCGUGUUUGAUAACAACGGGUGUUCGCUGUCAUUUCAAAUGCACACCAACGUCAGUGUACCCAGUCAAGUGUCGAUAAUGCUAAAGACUGAGAAUUAUACAUCAUUAAUUCAGGAUAAUGUCGAAAACAACUCUCCAGUAUAUUGGGAGAAAAAGAAGAUAUUGUUGGGUCGACAGACAAGACAAGUUAUUAUUGAAAUAAAUAUCAAGCCUGGAUCACAUGUCGCCAUUGAUGAUAUCAGAUUAGAAGAUUGCUUACCAGAAUAUUUUACUGGCAUAACUGAUAAUGGUUGUCCAACAGACUCACAUUUUUUGUGUUCCGAUAACAUGACGUGUAUACCGUAUCAUCAUGUAUGUGAUAUCAGUCCAGAUUGUCCCGAUGAAACAGAUGAAACCGAAAGCUGUUUUCUUGUACCAGCUGAAGCUCGAUGUACGUUCGAGUCUGGGUUCUGCGGAUGGCGGAAUACGUCAGGUGAAAUGUCUCUAACGUGGAAACUAUACAAAGGCGACCGACAUAAAUUCACCGGCCCGAAAUGGGAUAACACUUUCCGUAACCGAACUGGUACCUACGCUUAUGUAGAUAUGUCUGGAUCUUCGUAUCUUGGAGCGACAGCGCGUAUGGACAGUAUACAUUUUCACCCACCACCGACGUAUUGUUCAGAUACCGAAUCGAAAUAUUACAAUUCUUGUUAUAUAUCGUUUUUUUACCACAAAUAUGGUUCACAUAGUGGUACUUUAGGUCUCUAUUUGGUCGAAGCCCACGGCGAGGUAGACCGCGUUAGACGAUUAUGGUGGAGUUUUGGGACUUAUGGAAAUACAUGGCUUCGAACCGUUGUUUACUUAGUAAACAUCACAACCAGCUAUUAUUUACAAUUUGAAGCUCGGAAACUACUGUCAGUUAAAGGAGACGUGGCGAUUGAUGACAUAGCUAUGAGCCCAAAAUGUUUCGGCUUAGAUGUACCAGAGGACGUACUCAAGGGAUACAAAUAUGAAGCGGCUGGAACAAUAAAUAAUACUGCAACACUUAUGAAGAUUCCCAUAAAUCCGGACUUCCGAAACAAAAUUGUUUAUAAAUUUACGACUUGUGGAUCAAAAGGUAGAUUGGGCCCAAGUAAUCGAUCUUGUGAAGCUGCAUAUACAAAUACAACUGUAUCUGUGGUAGUGGUUAAUGACACAUACAUGGAUGGAGUACAAAUUUGGCUUGUACCUGAGACAGGAGUGUAUACUAUAAUAGCGAGAGGGGCUCGUGGCGGCAAGGGGGCCGACGGAAUGGGUAUUUCGAAAGGAGCUACAGCCAUCGCGGUGGUUGAGCUGUCCAAACACCAACAGCUGCACAUAUUGGUCGGUCAAGAAGGCGGAGACGCGUGUCGGAAAACGUUUGAAAAACGCGACGACGCAUGCCAACAAGAACAAUACUUCAGGACAGGGAGCGCUCUCAAAGAACUGCAUGACUUGCGCUUGCUCAACGGCGGUGGAGGCGGUGGCGGCGGAUCUUUUGUUUUUACAGGCUCACGAGAAGAAGGAUACUUACCGUUGGUGAUUGGUGCUGGCGGAGGUGGUUUGGCACACGGACCAUUUAAAGACGACAGGAGUCAACACGGUAAUGGUACCAACAUGAGAUUACCAGCAAUCACUGCACCAUCGUUUGGUGAAAAUCCUGCAGGUGCUGGCGGUGGCUGGGCUCCGGGAAACUAUACGGAAGACAAAAAAUCCACAGGCUCGGCGUUAUUGGGGACUGGAGGUUUCGGAAGCGAUGGUGGUGGCGUUGGCGGCCUGGCGUGCUACAAGAGCCGAGGCAACACCAAAGGAUUUGGCGGGUUCGGCGGCGGUGGUGGUGGAUGCGUUGCCGGUGGGGGAGGUGGCGGUUUCACCGGUGGCCGUGCUUGGAGCAACAGUCAGACGAAUGGCGAGGGUGGUUGGUCAUAUUUACCGGACAACCAGCACGUGUUCUAUAGAGCCGUGUACCCAGGUAGCAACUAUAAGUCCGGAAGCGUGUACAUCAUACCAGCCAUCGUGGGUUGUGGGUGCGCGUACCUGUGUGCCGCUACCAAUCAACUGCGCAGUUCAGUCGUCUGCAUAUGCCCACCCGACUUCAAACUCGGGCCCGAUGGAAAGUCAUGCAUAUAUCAAUCAACAGAAACGACAAAAAUUAUAUUUUUGAUCACUGGAAGUGUGUUUACAGUUGUAAUUAUCUGCUUGAUUUUAGGCAUUUGGAUGUAUAGAAGUUAUCGAAAACGAAAAGAGCGCAAAGAAAAUGUCAAUAUACUACACAACGGCAUUUUAAAUUAUGAUAUGACCUCCAGAAACAGAAAUGGAAAUGUUGAUAUAAACCCUACUUAUGAUUUCAAUGGGAGGACUUUGACAACAAACGAUCUUCCAAGAAUUUCAAGAGAUGAACUAAGAAUACAAAAAUCUAUUGGCGAAGGAGCUUUUGGAGUGGUGUACCGAGGGUAUUAUAAAAAAACCGGUGAAACGACCGAAAUGCGGGUUGCGAUAAAGACUCUCCAACCUAAAAAAGACAUGACCAAUGUGGAGGUGAAAUUCGACGACGACAACACACCUAAUACCGAAAUCGAAAGAGAAAAAAUACAAAGGAUUAAAAAGGCUGAAUUGUCUUGCAUACGUGACUUCUUGACAGAAGCCAUUAUAAUGAGCCAGUUUGAUCAUCCAAACAUUGUAAAAUUCAUCGGAAUUACUUUCGAAAAAAACUAUAGAUUUAUAGUGACAGAACUUUUGAGCGGUGGAGACUUGAAAGAAUUUUUACGCAAAAAUCGUCCUUCAGUUCAACAAAAUCAAAAAAUCAUUCCCAUAAAGUUAAAAGAUUUAUUAAAGAUAGCAUUGGAUAUUGCCAAAGGAUGCGUAUACUUGGAAAAUCUUCAUUUUAUCCACAGAGAUAUUGCUUCCAGAAAUUGUUUAUUGUCUACGACAGGACGCAAUAGAGUUACGAAAAUUGCUGACUUCGGGAUGUCUAGAGAUGUAUACAGAAACGAAUAUUACAGAAAAGACGGUCAAGCUAUGUUGCCUAUUAAAUGGAUGCCAACAGAGUCAUUGGUUGACGGUGUUUUUAAUUCAAAAUCUGAUGUCUGGUCUUUUGGAAUUACAUUUUGGGAAAUCAUGACAUUUGGAUCUAUGCCAUACACAGGUAUGACAAACAAAGAGACAAUGAAUUAUGUUAUGAGAGGUGGGCGUUUAUCUAGACCGGCAAUUUGCCCAGAACCAGUAUAUAAGCUUAUGGGCAGCUGCUGGAAAACAAAUGCUGAAGAAAGGCCUUCUUUUGAGAUUAUACGCAAUAAACUUCGUCUCUUUUUGCAAGAUCCACUCAUAGUCGAUUUUAUACCACCGGCGAUUGGCAGGCCCGCGGCACCGCUGCCGUACCGAGCGACGCACCCGCUGGACAAGGACGCACCGCCGGACGGUGUUCUUCGGGCACAUGACGUUGUUUUGACUGGUCCUUGUAUUGAUCCACCGCGGAACCACGAACAUCAGGAAGAACCUCAGUAUGUAACGCCAUUGCCGGCUGACGACUUUUUCGAGGGUGUGGACGCGGAGUUGAUGAGGGACGCCGAGCGGUUUGGACGGUUCCAAAACAGGAUGGAAAUGUCACCGUCAGGUGACAUAAGCGAUUUCUCUGACGAAGAUGAAGAAGAAAAUGGUGACAUCGACAGCGUCGGAGACGAAGAGGACGAAGACGAAGACGCGGUGAUUAAUCCGGAUAUCGACGACGAGGCUGACGAUGACGACGACGACGAUGAUGACAACGACGAUGAACAGAACGUGGAAGAGGAGGAAGACGACGACGCAAACGGCGCGGAGAUUGUGCUGGACGCAGAUCGUAAUCGGUUCGACGAGGACGACGAUGACGCGUACGGAGACAUCAACGCCAGGAGCAAUGGCCCGGUGUCAUCGUAUCAUUGGAAUAGGUUUAAAGAGACGAGUUUCAUCAGCAUGAAGGAACCCAACACCAAACAGACGAAUGCAGAUGGCCAAGUAAAUUCGUCUAAAAGAAGAAAGUCGUUUUCCGAACUCGAAGACAACAGGCCCAAUCCUUAUUCAUUAACAGGCCGCGUCCGAUACAACGUAGCCAGUGACGGGAAAAUAAGAUGCUGACAUCCGGACUCAAGGACUUCGGUUAUCGAGUCCUUGGAAAUGUUAUAAAAUGUCCUUAUACAAUGUUAAUAUUCUAUUUUGAUGUACGACUGUUGUAAAUAUUUUUUUUUCAUUUUUAACUCACGUCAUCUAUCCAUAAUACAAAUAAAUGUUUUGUUUUAACAGUAUACUAUACACGACUAACCAAAAGAAUAAUAACCUCAAAUUAACUGAUUAAUUAAUAUGCAUUGAGCCACAUGUAUAAAUAUAAUAAUUUAAAAUAUCUAACCGUAUACAGUUGAAAAAAAAAUACAGGCUUAUAAUAAUAUUGUCCAUUUGUUGGGUAUAAUUAAACGGCGUAACCGUUAAAAUGUAUUAAUUAUUCACCACGCUUAAACAUUGUUCAACAAUUUAAAAAUGACAUAUU